UUUCGACGUCCACUGUGCGUUCGACUCCGCCACACAAUACUCGAGUCGCUCGAGCUUGCAGUUCUCGAGCGCCGCCUCGCAGACCCACCGGCCUGCCUUUUUAGCGGAUUUCGACGCCGUAUCCACAGUGCCGCCGCCACUGAAGUGUGCGCUUGACCCCGCCACUGGUCUCGAAACCCAUCGUACGCUCGCCUACCCGCGUACAAUUUUUGCGGCCUAUUAGCUCCACGAGUCGCGACACGGCACACGCCAUACACGAUCCAAAAUGCCGCCAAAGAAGAAGGGCAGCAAGAAGGCCCAGGACAACUGGGAGGACGACCUGGGCGAGUCGAUUGUGCCCCAAAAUGAGGCCGCCGCAGAGCCCCCCGCAGAGGCGCCUGCCGCCGAGGAGGAAGAAGCUCCUGUCAGCGGCCUGAUGGCUGCGCUGGCCAAACGCGGCAAGAAGGGCAAGAAAGGCAAGAAGGGUGGACAGGAGGAUUGGGAGGCCGAGCUGGGCGAGAGUCCUGCUGCCAGCGCAACAGGCGACCCUUUUGCAGGCAAGGCGCCCGAGGAGGCCAACUUCGACGAUGACGACGUGUUUGCGGGCAACUUCAAGCCUAAGAAGGAACAGAAAGAGGAAAAGAAGGAAGAGAAGGCCCCAGUGGCGGACGAUGCGCCCAGGGUGAAGACGAAGGCGGAAAAGGAAAAGGAAAAGAAGGAGAAGGAGAAGCAGCGGAAGAAGGAGAUGGCCGCGAAGAAGAAGGCCAGCGCGCCCGCUAAGACCGAAGCCGCGAAGCCCACAGAGACCAAGGCUGCCACUCCAUCAGCACCCGUUCCCGAGCCCGUCGCCGCUCCAGCUGCCGCGGCUGGCAAGAAGGGCAAGAAAGUUCCCGCCGCCCUUGCUGCACUCCAGAAGCAACAAGAAGAGCGACGGAAACGCGAAGAGGAACUAGCUCGCCUUGAAGCAGAAGAAAAGGCCAGGAUAGAGGAGGAGGAGCGCAAGGCCGAGGAAGAAGAGAAGAAAAAGGCCGAGGCCAGAGCUCUCAAGAAGCAAAAAGAAAAGGAGAAGGUUGAGCAACUGAAAAAGGAGGGCAAGUACCUCACCAAGGCACAGAAAGAGGCCAAGGCACGGAACGAGCUACGCUUGAAACAGAUGCUCGAGAGUGGAACUGCCAAGGUAGACGCCCUUGAAGCGCCCGUCGAGAAGAAAAAGCCAGUGUACGACGACCGCAAGAAGAAGAAGAAGAACCAGGCCGAGCUGCAGAAGGAGAGGGAGGCCGAAGAGGCAGCAAAGAAGCUCGAGGAGCUCCGGAUAGCCGAAGAGCAGGCCGCUGCUGCCGAGGCUGAGGCACAGAAGGCGCGUGAAGAUGCUGAGGCGAAGAAGGGCAACGAGAGUGACUCGGCCGAGGACUGGGAGGCCCAGGCCGAUGCCAUGGAUGGCGUCAAGGACAGCUGGGAUGCAGACAGCGACGAGGAAGAAGAGAAGAGGAAGGCCGCGGUUGCUGCAAAGGAGGCAAAGGAGGCCGCCACGAAGGCUGCCGCCAACGGCAAACCAGCUGCCCAACCUGAGGAAGACGACGAGUCUUCCGAGGAAGAGGAUGACAGCGACGACAGUGACGACUCCUCUUCCGACGAGGAGGGCACUGCCACACAGCGCGCUGAAGCUGCACGGAAAGCUGCCGCGGCGGAACGCAGGAAGAAGCUGCACGAGGAGGCCCUCGCUGCCCGAUCCAAAGACAACCUUCGAUCGCCCAUCUGCUGUAUUCUUGGCCACGUUGAUACUGGAAAGACCAAGCUUUUGGACAAGAUCCGGCAGACCAACGUUCAGGAAGGCGAGGCUGGCGGUAUCACGCAGCAGAUCGGUGCCACUUACUUCCCUGUCGAGGCAUUGGAGAAGAAGACUGCCGUCGUCAACAAAGAUCACUCGUUUGUGUUCAACGUCCCCGGUCUCCUCGUUAUCGAUACCCCUGGUCACGAGUCUUUCACCAACUUGCGUUCCCGAGGUUCUUCUCUCUGCAACAUUGCUAUUCUUGUCAUCGAUAUUAUGCACGGUCUCGAGCCACAGACACUGGAGUCCAUGAGACUGCUUCGAGAACGGAGAACGCCCUUCAUCGUCGCUCUCAACAAGAUCGAUCGUCUCCUUGACUGGAAGAAGAUUGACAACAACGGUUUCGAAGACUCCUUGAGCCUCCAGAAGGACCGCGUCAAGAAGGAGUUCGACGACCGAUGGACCAUGGUACACACGCAACUGCAAGAACAAGGUUUCAACUCGGAGCUCUUCUUCAGGAACAAGAAUAUGUCGCGGUAUGUCUCUGUGUGCCCGACCUCUGCACACACCGGAGAAGGUAUCCCCGAUAUGAUCAAGCUCAUCAUUAAGCUCACCCAAGAGCGUAUGACGAACAACCUCAUGUACUUGUCCGAGGUAGAGUGCACAGUCUUGGAAGUCAAGGUCAUCGAAGGUCUCGGCACCACCAUCGACGUUAUUCUCUCCAACGGUGUCUUGCACGAGGGUGACCGAGUAGUGCUCUGCGGAAACCCCGAGCCUAUAGCAACUAACAUUCGAGCUCUGCUUACGCCUGCGGAGAUGAAGGAGCUCCGUGUCAAGUCACAAUACGUACACAACAAGGAGGUCAAGGCCGCCAUGGGUAUCAAGAUUGCCGCCGAUGGUCUUGACCAAGCUAUCGCCGGUUCGCGACUGCUCGUCGUUGGCCCAGACGACGACGAAGAAGACCUGAUGGACGAAGUCAUGGGCGAUCUCGCCCACUUGCUCAGCAAGGUGUCCAAGACCGGCCGUGGUGUCUCCGUCCAAGCAUCCACGCUUGGCUCGCUCGAAGCCCUGCUCGAGUUCUUGCGCGUAUCCAAGAUUCCCGUCGCCACUAUCUCCAUCGGCCCGGUCUUCAAGAAAGAUGUCCUACGCGCAGGUAUCAUGUUAGAAAAAGCGAAAGAAUACGCCGUCAUGCUCUGCUUCGAUGUCAAGGUCGAUCGCGACGCGCGCGCCUACGCCGACGAAAUCGGCGUCAAGAUCUUCGAAGCAGACAUUAUCUACCAUCUGUUCGACAAGUUCACCGCGCACAUGAAGCAGCUCGAGGAGCAGCGCAAGGAGGACAGCAAGAUGCUUGCCGUCUUCCCCUGCGUGCUCAGCCCCAUCGCCGUCUUCAACAAGAAAGAUCCGAUCGUCCUGGGCGUCGACGUCGUCGAAGGCAGCCUCAAGAUCACAACCCCCAUCGCCGCCAUCAAAAAGAACCCCGUCACCGGCGUCAAAGAGAUCAUCUCCCUUGGUAGAGUCACAUCCAUCGAGCGCGACCACAAGCAAAUCGCUGUCUGCAAGAAGGGCCAGCCGUCCGUCGCGGUCAAGAUCGAGGGUCCCAACCAGCCCCUCUACGGCCGCCACCUCGAGGAAAAAGACACGCUGUACUCCCACAUCUCCCGCGAGAGCAUCGACACGCUCAAGAACUACUUCCGCGCUGACGUCAGCAUGGACGAGUGGAAACUUAUCAAGCAGCUCAAGGAAAGCUUUGAUAUCAUGUAGAUGGGAGGAUUUUAGAUUGUAUGAUGAUGGGAGGGGCAGAAUAGGUAAUAAGAGAGCAUGGCAUUUGCUUUUUCUGUCUUACUUCCGGGUGAAAAGGAGGCGGGCGGUCGUGCAUGGGAUUGGCGUUGUUGUCUCUAAGUUUUGCUAUUUGGUCUUGGUGCGCCCUGGAUUGGACAGGACAAAACGCAUGCAUACAGUACACUAAAAGCCUGAUCAGAUCUUUAUUCCUCCCCUCUGU